AGGGCCGGGCCGGGCGGGGCCGGCCGGGGCGGGCGGCAACAGCCGAGGCCUGCGAAUGUCCUCGGGGAGCCGGCUGGCGCUCCCGCGGCGGGCCGGGCCGCGGCGGGCCGUGCUGGCAGGGCUGGCUGCAGUUUUCUGCAUUGAAGCAGUCCUGGGGGAAAAAUUGUGUCCUAAGAUGAUGGAAAACUACAUGGCAGCAAUGGUGCUGAGCGGAGUUGGUGACACGCUGGGCUAUUACAAUGGGAAAUGGGAGUUCCUGAUGAGUGGCCCAGCCAUCCACAAGGAGCUGGCGGAGAUGGGGGGACUUGGCAACCUCAGCAUCCAAGGUUGGAAAGUCAGUGAUGAUACAGUGAUGCACUUGGCCACAGCUGAAGCCCUGGUAGCUGCCGGGAAAAAAACAAGUUUAGUGCAUCUCUAUUCCCUGAUUGCAAAGAACUACAAAGAGUGCAUGAAUGACAUGAAGGGCAGAGCUCCAGGUGGCGCAUGUCAGGAAAAUGCGCUGAAGCUGGAUCCGGGGCAGCCGGAUGGCUGGAGGAUCCCAUUCAGCCCCCGGGGGGGAGGCUGCGGGGCCGCCAUGCGCUCCAUGUGCAUCGGGCUGCGUUUCCGCCACCCCACCCAGCUGGACACUCUGGUGCAAGUCAGCAUCGAGAGCGGACGGAUGACCCACCACCAUCCCACUGGCUACCUGGGGUCCCUGGCUUCGGCUCUCUUCACAUCUUUCGCGGUGAAUGGCGUGCCCCCCCCGGCCUGGGGGAAGGGGCUGAUGGAGGUGCUGCCACGGGCAAAAGCCUAUGUGCGGGACAGCGGCUUCUUCGUGGAGGAGAACAUGGCGCAAUGGCAUUACUUUGAAGAGCAAUGGGAGAAAUACCUGGCGGAGAGAGGCAUAUCAGACGGGGUCUCACUGCCCACCUUCCCCCCCAAGUACGGCGUGGAAGAGAGAGACUCAUUCUACACCUCCCUCAGCUACGACGGCUGGGGGGGCAGCAGCGGGCACGACGCCCCCAUGAUCGCCUACGACGCGCUGCUGGGCGCGGGGGACUCCUGGGCAGAGCUGGCUCACCGGGCCUUCUUCCACGGCGGCGACAGCGACUCCACCGCCACCAUCGCGGCCUGCUGGUGGGGGGCCAUGCACGGCUUCCGGGGAGUCAGCGCCUCCCUCUACGCCCACCUGGAGUACAGGGACCGCCUGGAGCAGGUGGCCAAGGACUUGUACCGCCUCGCCUAGGUGGGGGGGAGCAGGGCCCCCCCAGGGCUGUGCUUACCUCACUGCCUCCCUUCGCUCACUCAGGGUUUUGCAGACUUCAGUUUGGAUUAAAGCACGCGAGCGUAAGCCAGAGCCAGGCCUGCUUUUUCUGUGUGUGUUGGCUUCUGCAGGGAGGCCAUUUUGGAGGUAGCCGCUUGGGGCUUGUGGGCGGUGGCAAGCAGUUACAAGGGGGUUUGGUGGGAGCACGCAACAGUGCGUCUGUCCCGCCAGCAGCCCAGCCCUGCAACGUCCCUCCUCCUCAGCAUGGCGGCUGCACACCCUCUGCUCCUCAAGAGGGGCGGGAGCACCCACUGCAGCGCUGCUAGCGACACUCCAGCAGCGGGACAGGCAGCAAAACCCACACAAGCUGCCCCAUAGCAGGGUCCUGCCCAUAGGAGCAUGCCAGAGGGGCUCAGGGAUGCACGCCUGGUCGCGGGGAGCGUACAUGGGCUGGCAGAGAUGCCUCCCGGCAAACCCAUGACGGCCAGCCCCAGCUCGCCGCCCUGUACUGCUGAUGCGGAGUGCCAGGGACACCGCUUGCCAUCUGGCACUGAGCGUGCGUAAAGCUACAACCUCUGCUCCUCAUCCAUUGCAGCAGGUACGGCCCACGGGAACCGACUGGGGGUGGCAGGGGGGAGCAAACAGCCAGUUGUGUCUGAAGACAGCAGAGUUUUUCCUCAUACAAUUAUUUUAGCAGGCGACACUUUUUUUUUUUUGUUUUAAAUGAUUGUGGGGAAAAACCCCAAACCCAACCUGUCAGCUGUGUUGGCAGUGCAUUUUUUGCAUAACUUCACAGCACUUUUGCUAUACAGGUAAGAAGGUAUCAGGCUACUUCCCUAAUUGGGUUAGUAGGGGAGUUCAAGACUACUGACCAAACCCUUAUCCAAGGUCAAAGGGGAUAAUGAGAAUUAAAAGGUUGCAUUUUACACCAACUUAAGCAACUUCUGUAGUGACCUACAUUAUGCUGCUUACGUCAAGGUUACUAAAGAUUGUCUGCUUAACAUCUACUAUGGAUAACUCUAUAAAAAAUAGGCUUUUUCUUUAAAUCCAGACUGUGACGCAGCAAAGUACUCCUUUUGGAGCAGUUUCAAACCCCUG